GUGACGGCUGUGGACCUGGACCCAGCACCCCGUGCCCUUAUCGCAUUUGUUACUGUGCGUCACACUCCGCAGCUGAAAGCGGAGAAGGUUAUGGAUACAUUGAAGCAGUGUGAGUACAAAGCAGUGUGGGCGCUUUAUGAGGAGCGGCCACAUGACUCAUCUGAGCUAACGAAGAAAUUCGAGGGUGACGAUUGGGAUCUUGUGGUUGAGAACAACCGUGAAAAGCUUGAGAGGGCAUUCCGUAAGGAGACAGCUGAUGCACUAGGCGUGUCGCCUUCCCAGGUGGUUGUGACGAAUUGCAGGAUCGGCAGUCUCUUUGUGGACUUCAAGGUGAUGAGGUGUGGGCUGAGCGACGAGGAGAUCCUGAAGCGGACA